UCCUCUUCAUAAAAGAUUAUGCCCCACUUGGGGAAAACUCCUGAAAACAUUGAAAUGGCUUUGGAUGAGCAGCAGAAACUGAUCAAUCCAGGUGGACGCUCCCAACUGUCUGUCACAAUUGUGGAAGUAGCAGCAACUCCCAAUCCAAGCCCUCUGUCUGAUCGCAGUAGCGAUCAACUUCUUCAAACUCCGCUGGAACCUGUGCCAGGAGCAGCAUGUUGUCAGGGGAUGAACCAAACAAGCCUUUUACUAGAAAGUCCUCCGAAGUGGGGUGCAGCAGCUCGUUAUGCCUCGAAACAACACCGAAAAAUUGCAGGGCGGGCUACAUUCCAAGGGCAGGUUUAUAAUUUCCUUGAGAGGCCUGACAACUGGAAAUGUUUCGUCUAUCAUAUUAUAGUGUGA